AGUAUCUUCAAGCCGAUUGGUAAUCCUGAAGGUUACCUGUCACCAGAGUUUGCUUGAAGUUGGCACUCGCGCGAAGUUGAAUAUUGGAUAUUUGAAGUCAGGAUAGUGGACGGUGAUUCGCACUCCAUGUAACGUAGUUCUCAGCUUUGCGUAACUUCAUUUUUCAGACUGCUCUUCCUACUCUGCAUCUGUUGAUAAAGCUCCCCCGUCUACUGCUACUAGUAAAUAUUAGUGUGCAUGUAGCUUUUGUUGAAUCGUCGGCUCAUGCAUUUCUCUUCGCCGCUGAAGAUUCUCGUGCUACCUGAGUGAACUAUCAUUGCCCAAACUCAUCUGCACUCUUCUGUUCACCCACCACAUCAGGCUGCACAAAAGUCAACUACCAGCAGGUUGUUGAGCCCAAAAAUGAGUUGUGGCCCACAAAUCUGCAUCAGUUAUCGGAAAUCGAAAAAGCCAAGACUUAAUGACAGUAUCGACUUAAUGAGAAGUAGAGCAUUAUUGAAUACAUCGAGAAGAAUUCUUCAGAAGUCAGUGAACCAGUCAAAAAGUUCAGCGAGUUCUCUUCGUAACAAUAAUGCAUCAUUAGCAAAAAAGGUUUCUGAAUUACAAAUUGAGUUAAGUAGUCAAAGGGCAGCUGCACAUCAAGCAAAUAUUGAAUUAUUGAAAUAUCGUAUGGAAUUGAAUCGUCUUCAUGUGUAUGAACAAACUAGAGAGAAAGUCAAGGGUUUCAUUCUAAGUUUAUAUGAAUCGUUAUGUUCACACAUUGAAAUGGGUAUGUCAAUAACGAACUCUGUGAAAGAAUCACUAUCUCUGUUGGAUGCAACUGAUUCAUCUGAUGGUCAAAUUUCACAGCAAGUUCCAAGUGUAUUGGGAGAUACGACAGUGGACGUUGAUUUGCUUUCUCGAAAAGACUUCACAAAACGUUUGCACUUGGUGACAGAUCGAGAGGUCUGCCAAGAAAACACAAAUCUUUCUGCUCUCCAGUCAUCAUCAUACACCUUGGCAGCUAAUCCACUGAAUGAGGUGAAGAGUCCUGUUCAUGAUGAAAUUAGUAAGAAUUACUAUACUGAGAGACCAAAUUCGCAGGACGAACGGGUUGUUGAAAUAUCACCGAUUGCUGAGUCUCCUUCACCAGAGUGUUCAUUUCAUAAAGAUUCAAUUUUAGCCUCAUGUCAAGUUGGAGAACAGGUGUUACCUGAAGUUCUUGCAAAGAAUCCUACUGCAAACAAUGAACUAGUAACAAGAAAGACAGUCAAUACGAUCAGUACUGAUUUACACAGGGAUAUUCCUGUCUUUUCACCAAUACAAAGUUUUAGACGGUUGACAAGUUCACCUCAUAUUUUUGUGUCUAAAUCUCCUUUGGCUAACUUAGACAUUGGUAGUCAUGCAUCUGCUGCUGCUACUGUCACUCCCACUACUACUACUCCUACUACUCCUACUACAACUACCGGUAAUGGUAAAAGAGAUGAGAAUAAUAUUGACAGUGACCAUGAAAGUAGGUCUAAUCGACGACCACAUCUGAUAAGACAGGUUCGUUUGAAUGCGAAGCCCAUUAUCGAUACAUCAUCAUUUAUGGAGCCAGUUGUUAAGAAGAAGAAGAAGAAGAAAACUGUUAAACGUCGUCGUUUAAUUCGUACUGAUGAAAGUGAUGAUGAUGAUGAUGGUUGUGGUGGUGGUGGUGGUGGUGAAAAUGAACCGGGAGAGACUAGACGAGUUAUUGAAACAUGCUUUCGUCGACCUGGCCAGUAUGUGUUCAGAGUUGAUUCUAAGAAAACAAAUAACUUUGGUAGUACCCAUGAUAAUCCGUCAGUAGGAGUUGAUCGUGGAGAGAUGGGUAGAAUUGGUGAUGGUGGUGGUACUAGAUCAAAGUCGAAGUUAGCAAGUUGUAUUACACGAUCAAAGUCUAACACAAAACAUCAUACUAAUAGUGAUGAUAAUGCUAACCAAGUGAUUAUUGAAAGUGGAGGGAUGAAAUUGCCAACUGUUGGAUCAGCGAGUGUUUUUGACCUAUCAAUGAAUCAGACAGCUAAUUUGUCUGUACUUCCACCGACUUUGAACGAUUUACGUCUGAAACAAAAGGAACAGCAGCGAGGACGACAACAACAACAACAAGCAGAAGAAGAAGAAGAGCCAGUGAGGAAGUUUGGUGUAGAAGUCGAAAAAGUCGAUAUUGAUAUGACAAGAAGAACUACAAAACAUGGAGUUGUUAAAGACAUAGAGCAAAAUAUCGUGUUGAAUCUCGUUGGAGAUAAUGAAAAUAGGAGAAACAAUGGUAUAGAUGAUAUAGACCAGCGACGUCUAUCUGUUGUAUUAGAUCGAAUACAUGACGAAAAUCAGCCUCCGUAUGAUGAUGGUAAGAGCGUACGCAAAUCAAAAAAUGAUGAUUGCAGAUUUCGUCGUUUGUAUUUACAUGAUUGUGAUUUGGAUAAUGAGAAUAAGAAGAAUAAUAAGCUGCUUGGUUCUGUGAAGAGUCGAAUUGAAUCUUCAAAGGAUACGCGUAUACCUUCGAUUGACGACAAUAAGAUCAAUGUGAAUCGACCACUUGCUGAGGCUACCUCCAACAGGAGAACAGUAUCCAGUCGAUCACGAGAACGAAGCUGAUCCACAUUUGGCUGGAUGCAAACUGUUGACUUGGUGUUUUUUUGUUUGAAAAGAGAAAUUUAUUUUCGCACAAAAUGAUUUGCCUGUAUGGUGAUUUCUGAUUUGAAUUUGAAUGAAAAUCGACUGGUGUCAUACAGAGUUUUCUUUAUGUCAAAUAUUUGUGUCCUAUGCUUGUAAAUACAACAACUCACUGACUGACACAUCUGCUUGCCUCAUGUUGAAUUGAUUCCACAUUGAUGUAGGGGGACUUCAUGUGUAUACUGAACAGCUGUGUUACCAGUAAUUGAUGUGUGGUAAUAAAGCUGACAAUUGAGUUGUUAAGACAUGAAGCUGAGUGUUUGUGACAAUUGUACAUUUGCUUUUGCUUCCUUGAAUUGUAAUAUCACCAUUGAUUUCAUUACUUGUCCCCUUGUUUUGCUUUCAUCAUCUCAGUGUAAAAGCUUCUUUUCUUAUUUAUUUUAUUUAUUUAAUUGAACUAAAUGACAAUAUGUGUUAUUUCUGUGUUCAGUAUCAUACAUGCACACGUGCAGAUUAUAAUCUGUGAGUGUUAUCUGCCUACGGUGUUCAUUACAACCUGGAUAGUGUAUAUUCCAUGUCUCGCCUUUUUUUCCUACAUAAAUGUGUAUCGCAGACCAAGUAAACCAACAGUGUCAGGUAAUUGAACUUGGAGGUUUUCUAGGGAUUUCAGUAUUCAUCGCAGACUCACAUCAGUUGGGGGUGAUGGUGGUGGGGUGGUCGGGGGAGUAUUGAGAACGACGGCAUCGGAUGGAGAUUAAACGUGAUAUCGUGAGCUGUGACAGAAGUAGGAAACUGUGAACGAUUGAAUUCUGAUGUGCUGGCUGUGGGACCAGAAGGUUUUCGGUUCGACUUCCGGUGGGUUUGCACUGAUAAGGAGGUGACAAGUGUCCAGUUCUCACAAAGUCUGACUGAUUUCAGUCUGUGGUGAAUACAACCUUAUUCAGUGAUGAGAGAGUUUUACCAGUUUUUGCUUAGAAAUUGGUGUAAAAGAUUCUUAUGAUUCAACUUUUGCCGUCGUUUACACUGUAGACGUUUAUUCAUUCGUUGAUUCCAUGUUGUGCUACUAUAAUAACUGGGUUCAUUAGAUGAUUAUAUUGUACUCAGCCAUGUUUCCUCCUAUUAGUUUGAUGCCUGAUUGCCUUUAUUGCUAUCACAAUAUUCUACCUUAUUGAAAUUCUAUCUCAUUUUUGGCGAUUACAGUGGAGUCUGACUUUUUAUUUCUUGACUUUGUGUUAGUGUACUUGUGUAAAUCGUUGUAGGUGUUCACGUAUUUGAUGAUGUCGCAUACAGAAAGAAACCG